AUAGGAAUUUACUGACUGACAAUGGCAGAAAAAAUUGUAGAGAAGUUAGAAAUUCUAAACCAGCAAGCAAAGAUACUCUUGGCCAGAAGAAUAAAGAAAAACAGUGUUCAGGGUUACGUAAAGAGGAAGACUUGUGUUGCACCCCUCACAUUUGAUUUCCAGUUGGAAUCCAAAGAGGCUAUUACUCCUACAUCCACAUCUAUGACAGUAUCACAGAGCAGAGAAGACAAGCCACAUGUUAUUACAAAAACUAAAAGGUAUGUCUCUUUCAAAAAUGAGCCUGAACCCAGAAAGAGUGAUUUUGAGAAGUUAAAUUUAAGAUUACAUGCUGUGCCAACAAAUACAAAAAAUCAAGAAAACAAGUCAAUGGAACUACCAGAAGAAAAUCAAAAAUCAAAAUAUGAUAGAUCUUUUCUUUUUCUUAAGGAUACAGAUGAGGUAGACUAUGGUAAGCCCUUACAGUAUCUAUUUUCACCGCAUAAACAAGAAUAUAAAAGAACAUUGGGUUCUACAAUCUCUUCUCCUAUGCCCAGCAUUCAAUCUAAUGCUUAUAAGAAGAAAAAAGUUGCUACUUUAUUUGAAGGUCAAACUGAAAAAAAACCUGGGGAAUCAUUUGAUAUGGUUGCUCACUUAGAAGAUUAUGUAAAUGAAAGAAGAAAAUCUCCUCCACAGAUGAAUGAUUUUUGUACAAAAGAAAAUAAACCUGUCAGAAUUGAUCCAUUAAGUGAGUCUCAUGCAGUAGGAAAGAAAAGCUUGCUCCCUUUAUGCUUUGAGGAUGAAUUGAAAAAUCCAGAUGCCAAGAUAAUCAACAUCAGUCCGGCAAAGACAGGAACUGAUCACAAGUAUCAGAUAAACAACUGUGCACCUUGGGUUCGGGCAGAUGUGAAUGAACUUGGGAAAACAAAGUAA